AUGGAGAUUUAUUCUUCUACUCUGAGCUUCGUUGCACUGCUCAUGUUCUUUCCCUUCCUAUUUGUUGUUGUAUUUGACAAAUGGAAAAAAUCAAAACAACAAAAGUUGCCUCCUGGUCCAUGGAGACUCCCCUUUAUUGGUAGUAUCCAUCACUUGAUCAGAGGAAGACUUCCACAUCAAACUCUUACAAAAUUAGCAAAAAAGUAUGGUCCAAUCAUGUAUUUGAAACUUGGAGAAGUUCCUACAAUAGUCAUAUCAUCACCUAGUAUGACAAAACAAAUUUUAAGAACUCACGAUCUUGCCUUUGCUACUAGGCCAGUAUUCACAUCUAUAAACAUCUCUUCUUACAAUUGCAAAGACAUUGCCUUCGCACCAUAUGGUGACAUUUGGAGGCAAAUGCGUAAAAUAUGUGUCAUGGAGCUUCUAACUGUCAAGAUGGUCAAGUCAUUUAGCUCAAUCCGAAAAGAUGAACUUUCGCGUCUGCUUUCAUCAAUUCGAUCCGUGAAUGGACGUUCUGCUGUCAACCUGACACAAAUAGUUCUUCGGUAUACCAACUCAGUGAUUUGUAGAUCAGCCUUUGGGAAAGCAUGUAAAAAUCAAGACGAGUUGAUAAAAUUGUUGAGUGAAGUACUGGAAUCAGUAGGAGGAUUAGUUGAUGUAGGUGAUUUUUUCCCUUCUUGGAAGUUAUUAAUUGACAAGAUAAGUGGGGCGAAAUCAAGAUUCGUAAAACUGCAUAACAAGGCUGAUGCAGCUCUGGAGGACAUAAUCAACGAGCAUAUUAAGAAUAGGUCAGCUGCUGGAAGCAAGGGAAAUGGUGAGUUUGGAGGUGAAGAUUUGGUUGAUGUUCUCCUAAGAAUUAAGGACAAUGGCGAACUUCAAUUUCCAAUCACAAAUGAUCAUAUAAAAGCAGUUAUUUCUGACACAUUCGCUGGUGGAACAGAAACUUCAGCUGCGACUAUUAUUUGGGCAUUAUCAGAAAUGAUGAAGAAUCCUAAAGUUAUGAUCAAGGCACAAAGUGAAGUGAGACAAGUCUUCAAAGGAAACACAAGUUUUGAUGAAAAAGAUCUUGAUAAAUUACCAUACCUUAAUAUGGUGAUUAAAGAAAUAUUCAGGCUGCAUCCUCCGGGUUCCUUGCUGUUUAGGGAAUGUGGGGAACAAACAUAUAUUGAUGGAUAUACAAUACCUCUUAAGACUAGAGUGUUGAUUAAUCUAUGGGCAGUUGGAAGAGAGCCAGAAAUUUGGCAUGACCCUGAGAGUUUUAUUCCAGAGAGAUUUGAAAAUUCUCAUAUUGACUUUAUGGGAAAUCAUUUUGAGCUUGUUCCAUUUGGUGCGGGCAAAAGGAUUUGUCCAGGAAUACAAUUUGGUUUGGCAACUAUUAAAUAUCCUUUGGCGCAGUUACUCUACCACUUUAAUUGGGUGCUUCCAUUUGGAACUAGUCCAGAAGAUUUGGAUAUGACUGAGAAAAAUGGAUUAACUGCAGGGAAAAAGAAAGAUCUAUACUUAAUUGCCAUAGAUCACAAGGACAAUGAAAUUUUUUGA